AUGGUAUCAUCAUUUAUACCUCCAACAUGUUCUCAAAUUUUAAUAAAUCAAAAUAAUAUACAAUCUCAAUAUAUAUCUUCAAAAGGUUUAUCUGGUCGCAUUUUACCAGCUGGAACAUUUUCAGACCCAAUCGCAGCUCUAGAAUAUAUAUAUGGAGUUGUUUGUCCCAUACCAAAUUUACCACCACGGCCAUCUACUAUUCAAACAAUUAAGUUAGUACGUAUUACUUAUGAUAAAGAUUAUUUGAUCACUGACAAUGAAAUAGAAGUUACUGUAACUGGUAAUAAGCGAUUAACUUUUUUUGUACGUAUGGCUUUUGAUAAAGAUUAUAAACUAUGUGCCUAUGAUGGACAAAUACGAAAUUUUGGAUUAACAUUUGAUCCAUCCACAGAUAUAGAACGUCAAGCAACUAUAAAUUUUAUAUGUAAUUUUACACAAACAUUCUGUCAGGGAAAAUUACAACAAUACUCAAGUGUCAAUGAUUGUAUAAAAUUUUUAACGACUAGCGUACCUUAUGGUUCAUUGGAUAGAGGAGACCAAGGAAAUGUUGCUUGUCGCACUAUUCAUGCAUAUUUUGUUCCUCUAUUACCAACUAUGCAUUGUGCACAUGUUGGUCCAACUGGAGGAGGAGCAUGUACCAAUAAACCAAUUGAUUUUUAUUAUAAUCAAACAAAUUUUCUUGGUUGUGCUUAUAAACAAUACUAA